CUCCCCUUAUUAAAAGAUAUUUUCUUUCUUAUUUUCUUUUAAAUGGAAAAUGGGUGGAUAAUGCUCUAAAGACGAAUUACCCCUUAAUGAAAUAGCUUAUUUACAAGGGUCCAACCUAAAGAUCCGACCCACCCAACUCUAACAGUAGAAUCCGAAAAACCUAAAGCGAAACGACGGCGUUCCUUCUCCACCCCAAACUCUCCCCCUCUCAAUUCUCUCCCUCUUGCGACGGAAAACCAAAACCCUUAGCAGAGUCGCAUCGUUCUUUGUCCCUUCUCCAUCUAAAUGGAGAAUUCAUCAAUCUCUCUCUCUCUCUCUUAUUUCUCGUGUCUCAAAUCUCUCUGUCUCUCAUUGUGAUUGAAACCCCUCCAAAACCCCUAAGUCGAGAAUCACAUCGUUUUUUUCUUCAUUCUCCGUCGAAUUCAAGGCUCCAUCCUUAGUUAUUUGUGGUAAGUGAUUAGUUUCUCUUUAUUUGAUAGUUCGAGGCCACUAGUUGAGACUAGCAUCACUCUCUUUCUUGAUCUUCUACCUGAUAUCCCUUUAUGGAUGAAGAAUCCUGACUAUGAAAGAGUGGACUGGCUCCACAGAUUUAUCUCAUACAUGUGGCCCUACCUCGAUAAGGUUGUUUGCGAGAUUAUCCGGAGCUCCGCACAACCCAUAUUUGCAGAUUACAUUGGCACUUUCUGUAUAGAAUCCAUUGAGUUCGAGAAACUGAGCCUUUCACUCACAGUUCAUGGUAUUAAGUUUUAUGAGACCAACGAGAAGGAGCUUCUGUUUGAACCUUCAAUCAAGUGGGCAGGCAAUUCAUAUAUUGUUUUGGUGUCAGAAACAUAAGCUGCGCAUGGUUGUAUAGAGUUUAUAGUUUAGAAUACGUUGUAUGAGUCUGAGUAAGCAUAGUGUUAAAAUUGAAGGAAGACUACUGUCCAAGUGUCCAUGUCAUCUUAGUGUUAACACUUCACUUGACUGCGUCAAGUUGACAAUAAAUAAGAAAUUGAGUAUCUCUAUUGUUUUGAACUUUUCUUCGUGGUAGUUAAAACUUGAAUGUAUAAAACUUGUAUCUGUUGCAAAAGACAUGUUAGAAUAACUAAUUUUAUUAAGUUUAUUAUGUCUGAAAAAUUUAUUAAGUAUUUCUUCUACAAACACAUUUUGCUUGUCAGCAAAUAUUAAGUUGUGGUAAUAUAUCACAUUACAUCUU